AUGGGUGGUAAAAUUGAUUCUUCAAUCAAUAGAGGAAACGUUCCAUACAUUUUCAGAUUGGGUGGUCAAAAUUGUCAUAGUAUUGGAAGUCUUUUGCCAGCAAAAGGAUCGGAACCAAAAUUCUCUCAGUUAUACAUUUAUGACACUGACAACGAAAUUACAAAUAGACAAAGAUGUUUUCAUGGUGGAAAGGAUCAAUCAACAUCAACUAAUAGUGAUAUUGUUAAAGAUAUUAAGGUGAUCUUGGAUUCAAAUAAUGUCUUGGUUAGAUCUUAUAGAAUGGUAAGAGAUACUUUUCAAAAAAAUCCAGAAGUUGAUAUGAAAUUACGACUUAUUGGGAGAAGGGAGCAAGAUGGAAGAACAUAUAACCUACCGACUGCUUCUGAGGUUGUUGCUUUAAUAAUUGGUGACAUUUCGGAUUCAAUCGAAAAGAGGGAUAUAGUCGUUCAAACAAAAAAUGGUUGUCUACAACGUAUCAGUGAAUUGCAUCCUUCUGUUGACAUUCUUCAUAGAGGUGUGUCAUAUACGACCAACAGCAAGCGUGCAAAAUGUACAAUGAGAGAAUAUUUCGCUUAUAGGAUUCAAGACAGAGAUCAUUCGUUCUCUCUCAUACUUAAUUCAAGAAGGUUGUUUCAACAAUUUCUGGUAGAUGCCUAUACUAUGAUGGAAACGGAGAGAAUGUACUACAUACGUAGGCAACAACAUGUUCUUAGAUGUGAUUCUUAUGAAAAUUUACAUAACCAAAAAGCUCAAGGAACGACUGAUAUCUCGAAUGUCGGCCAACGUGUCAUAUUACCUUCAUCCUUUACCGGAGGUGCACGCUAUAUGCUGCAAAACUAUUUGGAUGCCAUGUCACUAUGUAAAUGGUUUGGAUAUCCUGAUUUCUUCAUAACCUUUACGUGUAAUCCCAAAUGGCCUGAGAUUAAAAGGUUUCUUAAGGAUACUUCACUUCAACCAGAAGACAAACCUGAUAUACUAUGUAGGUUGUUCAAGAUCAAGCUUGAUGCAUUCAUUAAAGACUUAAGGGAGAACCAAAUUUUCGGCAAAGUUCAAGCAUAUGUUUAUACCAUUGAAUUUCAAAAAAGAGGUUUGUCGCAUAGUCAUAUAUGUCUAUUCAUGCAUUCUGACAACAAGCUACCAACUGUUGAACUUAUCGAUCCAAUAAUUUCAGCAGAGAUACCAGACAGAAUUGAAGAUCCUGAAUUGUAUUCACUUGUAAAUGAGUUUAUGAUUCAUGGUCCAUGUGGAGCUGAAAAUAUGAAUUGUCCAUGCAUGGUGGAUAAAAAGUACUCUAAAAACUUUCCAAAACAAUUCAGUAAUCAUUCGUCUGUUGAUCAGAAUGGUUUUCCGUUAUAUAGGCAAAGAAACGAUGGUCAUUUUGUAGAAAAAUCAGGUGUAAGGUUGGAUAAUAGAAAUGUUGUUCCAUACAACAAAUAUCUAUUGAAAAGAUAUCAGGCACAUAUUAAUAUUGAAUGGUGCAAUCAGGGAUCUUCUAUAAAGUAUUUGUUUAAAUACAUAAAUAAGGGUCCUGAUAGAGCUACAGUUGCUGUUGUACCAACCAACAAUGAAUGUGAAAAUAAUGAUGUGGUCGAUGAAAUAGCUGAAUAUUACGAUUUUAGAUAUUUAUCAGCAUGUGAAGCAUCAUGGCGAAUUUUUAGAUAUGAUGUUCAUUGCAGAUAUCCUUCUGUUGUCAGACUACCUUUUCAUCUUCCUAAUCAACAGCAGAUUGUAUAUGGCGAAGACGAUGAUAUUGAUAAUGUUCUUGACAAACCUUCUGUUGCGGCUUCAAAGUUCACAGCUUGGAUGGAGCGUAAUGCAAUCGACAGUGAAGCACGAAAACUCACAUAUGUUGAAUUCCCUACAAAGUUUGUUUGGAUAUUAAAUGGUCGAUUUUGGAAGCGAAGGAAAGUAGGAAAAGCCAUCGGUAGAAUUCAUUCUGUUUCACCUAAACUAGGUGAAGCAUAUUUCUUAAGGAUUCUUUUAAAUAAAGUAAAAGGACCAACAUCAUUUGAUGAAAUUCGCACGGUAAAUGGUCAAACACAUUCUUCUUUUAGAGAUGUCUGUUAUCCACUCGGGCUAUUAGAUGAUGACAAGGAAUACAUUGAUGCAAUUAAAGAAGCAAGUCAUUCUGGAUCUGGUUUUUAUCUACGCUUUUUAUUUGCUACAUUGUUGAUGUGUAAUAGUAUGUCUAAACCAGAGAUCGUUUGGGAAAAUACAUGGGAAUAUUUGGCAGAUGGAAUUCUAUAUAGCCAACGACAAAGAUUUAAGUCAGCAGAAUUGUCACUCGGAGUAGAUGAACUUAAGAACUUAACUUUGUUCGAAAUACAACAAAUUUUACUUCGAAACAACUCUACUCUCAAAAACUUCAAAAACAUGCCAUACCCAGAUGUUGAAUCCGUUUCUUCUUCAAACAAUUGA